AAUAACAACUAGCUGACAGGUUCAUCCUGGGAUUGGGAUUGGCCAGACCCACCCUGUCUCUUCUUCCCCAUUCAUCAGUAGUUCACGCCCACUCAGCCCGGCCCAUACAUGGUCCAUGGGGUUUCGUUCCCCUUGAGGGCUAUGUCAAUGGAACCACCCCCUGCGGUUGGCUCCGCCCUCCACGGGCCCACCCAUUUUCCGUGCUCGGAAUGCGAGGCCAGCUUCAAUGCCGAGCGUAAUCUCGUGCUUCAUCGAGCUUGGGCCCAUCCCAUUGACUCCACAGCUGAAACGGCGGAGUCGGUGUUUCGAUGCCCGAUUUGCCCGCGCACAUUUCUGCGUCCGGCUAGCUUCAAGGGUCAUUUGUCGCUCCAUUCCGAGAGUGAAAAUGUCGUGUGUCCUCAAUGUGACGAUGAGUUUCAAAGUCGGACCGAAUUGGCCCGUCAUCAAUCGACCCAACAUGGCCAAGUGGAAGAACCCGAAAUGGUGGCUCUCCAGAAAUUGUUCAAAACUUGCACCCAAUGUCAGCAGAUCUUUGCCUCAGCCCAACAGUUACGGAUUCACCGUGAAAAACAUGUCAAGAUCCGGGAGAUGACCAAGUCCAAAUUCAAAAGACCCACGCCCGGGCGGAAAUCGAGGGUGGAUAAGCCGCAUUUGUGUUCAUUUUGUCCGUCGAGUUUCAGUAAGAAGAGUUACCGCAUCCGACACGAGCGCACGCACACGGGUGAGAAGCCGUUUCAAUGCCAAUUCUGUGAUAAACGCUUCAACCAGAAUGAAACGCGAAAGAUCCACGAACUCAAACAUUCAGGAAAGCGGCCCCAUGCUUGCCAACUUUGCCCCAUGUCCUUCACUCAACGAGGCAAUUUGAAAACCCAUGUUUACCGGGUUCACAGUAUUACCCUCAAGUCCAAUGAUUACCUUCAGUGCCAGCAAUGCUCUUGCGCCUUUAAGAAGCUGUCUAGUUUGAAUACGCACAUCACUCGUCGGCAUCCAAAAUGUCUACUCAGUGAGACCCCAGAUGAGACGGAAUCCAGGGAAGAGGGGGCCGAAAAUGUCAACCAAGGACAAGAAUCUGUUAUGAAGGUGGCCCUUCCACUCAAGGGGAAAUCAGAAGGCCAUUUCAUAAUGCAUAUUCCAGUCCUCAAUGAAAAGGAUUGCAUGAAUCCCGUGCCAAGUGUUGGCAGCAUGGAUCAAAAUGUGGGCACGCCUUUUUCCAAGUCUGUGGCCAGCCCCUGCGUCUUCAACGAAAGCAUUGAGUCCCCCGUGACGCCAGGACUGACCUCGCAACUCUCUCAACCUUCCACACCCGCCAUGCCCACUCUACUUGAGAUGCCCGUCAACGAGUCUAAAGCCAAUCAUAACGAAAUUCCCAUGGACUUGCCUAAAAAUGCCAUUCUGGAAGCAGAGGCAGAGGCUCAGGCAGGAACCAUCAUUCUGGAUCCGAAUGUUCUGGGCAUGGACAUUGAAUCUUUUAUGAUCGAGGACAGAGACAAACGAAGCCCAACGCCCCAAUUGAAAACGCCCCCCAGGCCCACUUUCAACGAGACAUCAAGCAAUGUGUUCAAAGAACUGGAUCUCUGUCAUCAAAACAAUCGGCCCAAGGAAGAAUGGGACGACGGAUCGACGUUGGAUUUGGUCAAACCCACUUCACUGACCACGUCUCAAGGACCCGACACUAAAGAGCUUGACAAGUGGAAGCCCAUUGGCGAGGAUCGAACUUUGAAUGGAUCGAAAACAGCCAAGUCCAAGCAUCAAUGUCAGUAUUGCGAUAAACAGUUCAUCAAAAACUCUGAUCUCCUGCGACACAUAAGGGUCCAUACGGGUGAGCGGCCCUUUGCUUGUGAUCAAUGUCACAAGAAAUUCUCCCUGAAAUCGACUUUGAUAUCCCACAAGCGACUUCACUCCGACCAACGAACCAAGCUCACGUGCGAUCAAUGUGGCGAUAAGUUCUUGUCCAAAACCUCGUUAAGAAGCCACAUCCGCUUGCAUUCGAGUGAAGCUCCCUAUCAAUGUCGAUCCUGCUCGCAAAGGUUCCAAACUCCGGUUCAAAGACGUGCUCAUGCUAUCAGUGUUCAUGAAAAGCCUCGGAAAGAUGUGCCCAAGUCCAAAGACACACCCAACGAGAACGAUCCCAGCCUCAAGAUCUCGGUGCCUGCUUCGAGUUUGAUCGAGGCUUUGAACUCAGUCACCAAUGUGGGUGUGCCUCUUCUUGGCUCGGUGGUACGCCUCCAAUUGGAUGGCGUACACAUGGAGAGUGCCAUCGCUCAAUUAGAGGUAGACGAGGCCCUGUUGUCUCAGUUGAAAUUUGGAGGGAACAUUGAUAUUGUCAUCAACGGCGAUCAAGUCAUCUCUACUCCCGUUGAACCACCACCUCUUGAGGAAAUGAUCGUACCAGACGUGAUAGAAUCGAAUGCUCCACCUCCUGAGCCCAACCAGAUGGAGGAACAAGACCCACCGACUCAUUCGGACUUUGGAAGGGAACCGGAAUUGUCGCCGCAAAGUAAACGCCUUCCAACUGUUUCGAAUGAUGCGAGCGGCCUUUCUUGUCAAUUCUGUUCCAAGACAUUCAAAAAGCCCUCGCAAACCAAACGACAUGAGCGAAUUCAUACUGGAGAGAGACCGUUCGAGUGCCAAGAGUGUUCGAAGCGGUUCAACCAAAGCAACGCCCUCAAGAUGCACAUGAAGAAGCAUAGUGGAGAGAGGCCCUUCAUUUGUCCGUUCUGCUCGUUCGCAUUCACCCAGAAAUGCAACCUGAAAACCCACAUUUGUCGGGCCCAUUCCGUUCAGGCCCAACAACUCAUUGAGUAUGCCAAUUGGGAUGUAUGAUCAAUAGACAUAUAGAAUUGAACGUAAGGUUAUUAUGUCGAAUGUACUCGAUUCGAAGAAUCUGAGUAGUAGGAGUUGAAAAGAAAGGAAGCCCAAAUUCAUUUCAAAGUGCAAAUUGAUUCGAUGAUGACGAUGACACAUGUAUGUUGGUGGAUGUGGUUGUAGUUGUUAUAUUAGUGGUUGGGUGGAUAUGGAAGGCGUUCAAGAGUGUGGAGUGAGGAGUUCGAUGAGCUUCUGAUCUUCCAGACAGCAUCUCACGAACUCACGUCGAGUCACUUUUCCAUCGGCAUUGAUAUCCAUCCGCUUAAAGAUGCCUUCCGC